AUAGAAACUGAGCAGAACAUAAUGGAGCAUAUUGGCAGGAAAAUGCCCUGCCUAUACAGUUGGAAAUCAGCCCCCAUGCUGCAGAUUUAAAAUGGCCAUGUUGCAACUCCCUGCAAAUUGGUUUGCGGUGGAAACCCUAACAAGAUCAUUAAAUAUAAAAGCACUGUUGGAUGCUGGGAAAGUACUGUGCUACACAUACAUGUGUGCAUCUCCAUGGACGUGCAUGAAUGGACAGCAUCAAUGCCAUCGAUUUGAAUAAGGAGGUGAUCUAUCCAAUCCACUUACAGAACACACAGAGAUAAAUCGGUGCUUUGGGCUCUCUUGAGCAGCUGCAAGGAGAAAUGUUACCCUGAGAAUGAAGCUAUAAAACGUCUCCCUGCAGAACCGUAUGAUUGAAAAUGCGGUCCAGCACUCCUCUGCUGCCGGACAUGCUUUUGUCCUCCUACCCCUCUCACCCAAUGUUGCAGUAAUACAGAUGGAUUGUGGCAGAGGCGCAGAAAUGGAGUUACGGAGGUCCUCCAGCCCAGGCAAGCUGAGCAAGAACGACAUGGAUGCUGACAAGACCAUGUGCCACAGCUGCUGCAUCUGUGGUAAAAGUUUCCCUUUUCAGAGCUCAUUAUCGCAGCACAUGAGGAAGCACACGGGUGAGAAGCCCUACAAAUGUCCUUACUGUGAUCACAGAGCUUCCCAAAAGGGCAACCUGAAGAUCCACAUUCGUAGUCACAGGACAGGCACUUUAAGUCAGGGACACGAGGUGGAGAUGGGAGAGGCGCAGCUGGGUGAGAUGGGUGUUUCGGAGGGUCUCGGCGGCUGCACUAGUCCCACCAAAAGUACAUCUGCCUGCAACAGGAUCUUGAAUGGCACUGCUCAGGUAGACAGCAGCAAGAUCUUGUUGAGAAGCAGCAAGAAGGAGGUCGCAGAGGUGGCGCCCGCCGAGGAGGAUGGCAAGCUAACUGCUUACCCAUGCACCUUCUGCAAAAGCAAAUUCGAAAGGAAGAAGGAACUGGAGCAGCACCUGCACCAGGUCCACAAACCUUUCAAGUGCAGGCUGUGUAGCUACAUGACCUUGAGGGAGGAGACGUUGUUAAACCACGUAGAGAAGGACCAUAUAACCGCUCAGGUCCCGAAUGGGGAGGCCUACACUGAGAACUGCAAGAGCGAGCUGAGCGCCGGCGAGUUUCCUUGCGAAGUUUGCGGCCAGGCCUUCAGUCAGACCUGGUUCCUGAAAGCUCACAUGAAAAAGCACAGGGGCUCGUUUGAUCACGGCUGCCACAUUUGUGGCAGAAGAUUCAAAGAGCCCUGGUUUCUCAAAAACCACAUGAAGUCGCAUGGCCCGAAGACUGGGAACAAAAACAAACUGAAAAAUGAGCUGGAGCUCAUAGCCACUAUCAAUGACGUGAUACAGGAGGAAACGAUUGUGACGGGCCUGUCUUUGUACGAAGUCUGCACCAAGUGUGGAAAUCUGUUUACAAACAUGGAAAGCCUAAAAGCGCAUAAUGCUGUUCACUACCGGGCUCAGCGGAGCAGCGCCGGGGAUAAAGCCGAGGGCUUAAUUGACGGGAGCCUGAGCCCCUCAGUAACAAAGCAGUUUUUCUUGCAGUGUCUCAAUCUAAGGCCAUCUGUAGGGCUGGAUAGAGUUACAAGGGGACAGACUGGAAAAAGAGUAGCCGAGCUGGAUCCAGUCAGUAGCUACCAAGCUUGGCAGCUGGCCACCAAAGGAAAAGUAGUAGAGCCCUCCGAGUAUGUGAAGUAUGUGGGGUGGGAUGAGGCCCUGGCGGACGCGGACGUGACUUACGACAAGGAUAAGAGGGAGUACAUCCUUGUCAACCAGGAAAAGCGCAAGCGGGAGCAGGAUUUGCCCAGCUCCUCCAGCAACCCCAAGAAGAAGAGCUGUCCCAGCGGGCGCCUGGAGAAGACCAGCAGCGCCCCGCCAGGGGAGAGCUGCCCGCUCACCCAGGGCAACCUGGAUUACCGUCCCUCCUCGCGGCAGGGCAGGCGAGCCACCCAGAACAAGUCCACUGAGUGCUUUGAGUGCGGCAAGGUCUUCCGCACCUACCACCAAAUGGUGCUGCACUCCCGGGUGCACCGCAAGGAGCGGAGGAGCUGCCGCGAGGGCGGGACGGCCGCCCAGCCCGACCGCUAUGGCUCCAGCAGCGAGGAAGGGGACUCGGGCUCUGUCAGCGGGCCCAGCACGCCCGGCUCCGCGUCCGCCCCGGAGGACUCGGCCACCUCUGGCUUGGGGGAGGAAGGGGCCGAGGAGAGCUCGGAGGAGGGAGCAGCUGACCCCUCGUUAGAUGAAAAGCCAUACCACUGCAAUUUUUCUGAAGAGGAAACCCCUAUGGUAACAUCUCAGUUGGAGGAAAUUCCGAAGCUGGGAAGCCGCAACACCAGAGAAAACGAGACCAAUGAAUCUAAGCCAGAGAUUCCAGCUUUGGUGUCAGCACUGGAGAGUGUCAUCAAGGAGCCCUUUUCGAAAUACCACGAUCUGAAAGGUUCUGUGGACAUAAAGAUGCCAGCAUUUCACCACAGCCAAGGGCUUUCUUGCUCCAGUCACUUUGCUGGCUUUGUUUCGGGUGUGGGCCAGACAUCUUCAAACACGGUCAUGGACUUGAAAACGUCACUUGAAGUGCAAGCUAGUCGCUCUAGAGAAAAUUUGCUAGACUUACACAGGGAUCAUCCUCUAACAGAAAAAGGUGCAGAAGCUCACGAGGCAGUUCCACUUGAUUUGAGUGAAAAAUCAACAAGGGAUAAUUCAUGCAAUAAAAAUUUGAAUACAUCCUUGCAGGCUGCUUUAAUUAUCUACCCAUGUCCUUUCUGCAGUCACAAGACCUACUACCCUGAAGUCCUGUGGAUGCACAAAAGAGUUUUGCACAAAGUCAGCUGUAACUCGAUGGUCCCCCCUUGGGUUCAACAGAAUGGAUUCAAGAGUAUUAAAAACAACCUGGUUUUUCUGGCAAGGAGUGGGCGUACCGGCCCCCCUCCCGUUCUCGGGGGUAAGGAAUGCCAGCCUUUGCCCGUUGCCAGAUUUACACGCACUCAAGUGCCAAGUGCAUUGCCAGGGUCCAAAAGCAGCUCUCUUCCUGUUGGGAUGACUGCUAAGUCUGGGAGUGUGCAUCAGUCAAAGGACAGCCAUGCGUUUGGCCACUGUGGUCCACGCUUAUCAGGUCUUGAUGGGUACAGACAGCCCAAAUUAAACCAUUCCCAGGAGCAAUACAGCAUAGCAGCACAACCGCCUCCGCUGAAAAAUAAAUAUGAAGCAAAUUCCAAACUUAUGCAAAUGGGAGCAUAUAGCAGAAGUGUAACGCCUACUCAGACAGUCAUAUCCAGGCCUAGCACGCAGUCCAGCAACAGUAAACAGGUGGAAAAGUAUGUGGUCCCCCAAGGAAGUACUGGUUUUGUCCCUUCAGGUAAGCACUGUGCAUCUGAUUCCGUGAAGGCCAAAUUCAACCCACCACCACAGUAUCAUCCCCUGUGCAAAAGCGAGCAGUACACUAAACACGAAGAGCCAUCGGUGCCUCAGAGGGAGUCUCACAUAAAGGCUGGUAAUGAGAUGAGGACAUUGGCAAACUGCACAGCUGUGGCACGAGCAAGUCCACUGAUGCAGCCCCAGCCUAGCGCAGCAGGAAUUUCUUCGGCUUUACACUCCAGCAAACAGGAUCCGGGAUCAGACGGGCAUGAGAAACGUUUGGACAUUUUAAAUAUCUUUAAAACAUACAUUCCAAAGGACCUCGCUUCGUUGUACCAAACCUGUGGUGCCAACAGCCCUGUCCUGGAUCAUGCGGGGAUGCUUAGGACACAAACACGCCAAGGAGACUGCGUCUGCAGGGAAUGUGGAAAAUGCUUUAACCAACCCAGUCACCUCAGGACUCAUCAGAGGUCCCACACAGUGGUAUUUGAGUCUAAUGGACUCCGAGGUACUGAAGUUCACACCACCUCCGCAGAUGCCCCAAAACAAGGGAGAGACCACACCAGCGCUGACGUCGCCCACACGCUGCCUCUCCGGAAGGGAACCUAGAGCCCCGGCGGAGGAGCCCGCGCCCUGGCUGCCCUUCGACUGCAGCCCCUGCCCUGUGGGGCAGCCCCCCGCGAUGCCGGCAGUGGAGCAUCCCUGCGAAGCAUCCCCUUGCUUGUCACCACCGUGUGGGAUUGGGAACGGCGCUGCGCUCCGCUAGGAGGGGGGUGCCGCCGCGCUGUUAAUCAUUUUAAAAUAAAUGAAGAUGCUCCGCGAGAUAUAUAUAAAUUGACGUACUAAUCAGUCCCAUGGUUCCUUAUUUCCUUUAUAAUAAACAGCGGAGUUGGCAAGCACUGUGGCAGCACAAGGCAUCUAUAUUAAUCAAGAGAAGUUUGAGACACUGGAAAAAUUAAACUUUAUGUGAUUUGGACAGCAUGAAGAAGUUAAGCACUGUAACAAAAACCUCCCUGAUGCUCACAAUGACUAUUUGAUACAUUUGAAAAACAGCAGUGGAUUUGAGGGCUGGAGAAGUAUUAAUUAAUGAAACUGCCACUGCCUGUCAUGCUGAAAAGCAAAUUAAAAAAGAGAGAGAGAGAGAGAGAGAGGAAGAAGGGGGGGUGCAGGGAAAAGGUGGCAUUCGGUGCUGAGAAAGCAAUGCUUGAUGAAGGAUUAAAGGAACUAAAGAGAAAGACCGUCACUCUGCAAUGGUUUGUUUCAUUACAGUUUGGGGACCACUUGCAUUUCUAGUGCUCUUGUUCUUGACUGUGCACCAUUAAUAGUAUGUGAAUAUGGAAAUUGAAACACUUCCACAGAAAAGCUUCUAUUCUGCUUUGGAAAUGAAAAGCUAGUUGAACACUAAGAAAAACAGGCUUCUGUGUUUUACUCUCAGGACCUUUUUUGUAACAGGGCUACUUUCUUCGACCUGAUCACAAAGGAAGUCUUCAUGUUAAAAAAAUAAAAAUUAAAAAAAAACAACAAGCGCUCAGCUGUCUAACGCCACUGAUCUGUAUGUUUCUAACGGAGAAGGUGGCAUGGAGUACCUUGGCCCUGAUGAAGGCACCGUAGGCUCCUGCGUUUUGUCCAGCAGGCCAGCUACUGGUCCUCCCUGGGCCUGGUGACUCUUCGAGAAGAUGAAUACCUUCUUUUGUGGUGGCAGGUUAAUGUUCAUAUAAUGUGUCAUGUCUUGUACUUGGUGAUCACUGGUGGUGUUAGGAAAAAAAAGAAAAAAAAAGCUUUAUAUACCUCUUCUACAGUAACUCUUUAACUGCAAGUUUUCAAGGUGGGGUUGUGGCACAUAACAGGUUGUUAAACCAUGCAGUGUAAGCAAUUAAAAAUGUAUUCCACAGAUAUAAAUAUUUUCUUUUCUUAUUGCUGUGACACUAUGUGUGAUGGUAAUAUUUCUGAGAGUUUCAGAUUUUGCACAUAUAAUUUUAUGCAUUAUCAAAAGUUACUGCUGCCUUGAAAGAAAAUGUUCUGUGAAAAUUUUUGCAAAAGCUUUACUAGUUUUUUUCUUUUUUUUUAAUUGUAACAUUUUGUAAAGGCAGGAAAUGGAUUAAAAAAAAAAAACUAGCAUGCUAAAUAUAUUUUUCAAAAAAGCAAUAAUUUUACAUGUACAGAAAUGAUGCUAACCUUUAAUACAGGUGAGAGCAACAGUUUACUUAAUACAAUAAUGGAAUAGUGCUGUUUUUGUAGGGCUUCUGACACAAAGAUUUGUUUAAAAAACAAAACAAAAAAAAGCUUGAUCUUUCUGUUCUAACAGUUCUGGUUGGGGGGGUCUUUUUUAAAACAAUCUAGUCAGUAAUUGGUUCUGGAUACUACUUGUUACUUGUUUUUAAUUACUUGACAGUUUUUGUUACUUUGCAACACUUGCAACAAUGCAAAUUAACUUUCUUAUGUAUUUUUUAACUAGUUUUUCCUUAUACUAUUACACCAGAUGUAUACCAGAGUUCUCUGUAAGUCUUGGUGUAGUUAGGAAUGUCUGUGCAAAUGCUUAAAAGUGACUGCAAUUAACUGUUCUGUGAAGUUAUUUCGAGGGAGGUCGCAUAGACACAUUCCAUUGUACACCAAAAAAAAAAAAAAAAAAAGAAAUAUUUUGCUGUGUUGCUUAAUGAUUAUCAUUUUGGGUUUGCACUAGCUUUCUUUUUUUUGUUUGUUUUUGUUUUUUUUGUUGCUUUUCUGAAUCAUAUUCUUCAUGAGUGAGAGUUCAGGAAUGCACAAAGCUAGUUGCUUAGCCUAUUUGUUUGUGUUUUAGUUAUUAAAAACUCUUGUGUACCCAAAAUGGCACGAAAGUGUAGUGUACAUUUGUAAUUUUUCUUUCAUUUUUUUCAAUAUUUUUUUUUGAGCUGAUACAGAAGAUCUUAGUUAAUAUUUAGAGCCAAAAGCUUCUUUCUGGAGCUUUUCUUCCAAAUAUCUGACAGAGAAGCUAGUGCUGUCACUGCCAUUACCAGGGUACUAAUCAGCAAAGUUUACAAUCAUAAUUUAGCUACACGAAGAACAACAGUAGGGGAAAUCAGUUUAAAUAAUUAUAUGCUGUGUAUAGCACAGAAAUGAGAUUUUCACUUAAUUAAGCAAGAAAUAAGAGUGGGUGGGAGAAAGCCAACCUUAAAGACCAUCUGUUUUCAGAAAUGAAUCCCAUGAUUUCUUUUUUCUUCUUUAUUGUUGUAUUGUAUUGAUUUGUUAUUUUAGUUAGGCUUUAGUAUUUAAAUUGAGUUGUGUUCCUUAUUUAUUUAGUCAAUGGGCUUUGAUCAGCUCCUUUAAACAACGUGAUAAGUUUUUUGGCAUGACACACUCCUGUAAAAGCCCUUUUAUGACUGUUACAGGGACUUUCUACUACCUCUACCAAUCUACUGUUUCUUCUUCUUAACAGGUUUUUAUGGUGUUGCAAGUCUAAUGUAACUUAGACAAUAAAGGGUUUGAUUAUCUACACUGUAGAUUCUCAGUGUAUCUGCCAUCUCUCUCUCUCACUUUCUCUCACUCUCUUUCUGGUUUUGUAUAUUUCAUUAUAGCUAAAGUGCAGAAGAAA